AUGUCCGUCGCCCACACCCCCCGCAAUGCGCCCACUGUCGCAUCGGCCACCGACCUCAUCGGCAACACCCCCCUCGUCCGCCUCAACAGAAUCCCCCAGGCCCUCGGGAUCGAGUGUGAUGUCUACGUCAAGGCCGAGUUCUUCAACGCCGGCGGCAGCGUCAAGGACCGCAUCGCCCUCCGCAUGGUCGAGGAGGCCGAGAAGAGCGGCCGCAUCAAGCCGGGCGACACCCUGAUCGAGCCCACCAGCGGCAACACCGGCAUUGGCCUCGCCCUCGUUGGUGCCAUCAAGGGCUACAAGACCAUCAUCACCCUGCCCGAGAAGAUGUCGGCGGAAAAGGUGUCGGUGCUGCGCGCCCUGGGGGCCACCAUCAUCCGCACCCCCACCCAGGCGGCGUGGGACAGCCCCGAGUCGCACAUUGGCGUCGCCCGCCGCCUGGAAAAGGAGAUGCCCAACGCCCACAUCCUCGAUCAGUACAGCAACCCCAACAACCCCCUCGCCCACGAGUACGGUACGGCGGAGGAGAUCUGGGAGCAGACGGGCGGCAAGCUGAACGCCGUCGUCGCUGGCGCUGGUACGGGCGGCACAAUCACUGGCUUGGCGCGCGGGAUCCGAAAGCACAGCAAGGACGUCAAGAUCAUUGCCGCCGAUCCCCAGGGCAGCAUCCUCGCCGUCCCCGAGUCGCUCAACGAGGAGCACAUGAAUGCCCAGUACAAGGUCGAGGGUAUCGGCUACGACUUCAUCCCCGACGUGCUCGACCGCGAGACUGUGGACAAGUGGUACAAGACCGACGACCAGGAGUCUUUCUUCCUCGCCCGUCGCUUGAUCUCCGAGGAGGGUCUGCUGGUCGGUGGUAGCUCUGGGUCGGCCAUGGCCGCCAUGGUGCUGGCCGUGAGGGAGUAUGGCUUCAAAAAGGGCGACGUUGUCGUCGUCAUCCUGCCCGAUAGCAUCAGGAGCUACCUCAGCAAGUUUGCCGACGACGACUGGCUCGCCGCCAACAAGCUCCUGCCCACAAACGGCGUCGAGGUCGACAAGUCGGCUGACAAGAAGGAGACUGACCCCUACGCGGGCGCCACCAUUGCCUCGCUGCGCUUGAAGCCGGUGACGUCCAUCUCUGCGGCGGCUUCCUGCUCCGAGGCCAUCGAGACCAUGCGCGACAAGGGCUUUGACCAGCUCCCCGUGCUGUCCUCCACCACGCCCUCCAAGCUCGUCGGCCUCGUCACCCUCGGCAACUUGCUCAGCUACAUCUCUCGCGGUCGCGCCACGGGAGAGAGCCAGGUCAAGGAUGUCAUGUUUGACUUUGCCCACCUCGACGAGAUCAUUACGGACCCCCGCCAGAACGCCGCCCUGGGCAAGAAGGACAAGAAGCGCAAGUUUGUCCAGAUCACGCGUGAGACGUCUCUCACCGAGCUAAGCAAGUUCUUUGAGUGGAACAGCGCGGCUGUCGUCACAGAGACCAGCGAGGACGCGAAGCUCUCCAAGCCCAUUGCCAUCGUGACAAAGGUCGAUCUUCUGACCUGGAUGGUGAACAAGAAGCUCUAA